AUGGAGCCAACCAUAUCCAGGUGUAUCCGUACUUUUUCACGACUCUCGAUACAAAUACCAUGUCGUUCAAAUGUGGCGAGAUGCAGGCCAUCGCCAUUUACACGCUCAUGUCAUGCACAACGGCUGCACACGACGCGCCCUGCCCUUGCCCAAUCCCGAGCCCCAAAGACACGCGAUCGAGGGCCGAAAAGCAAUGAGGAUACUCAGACAGACUUCAGUGCUCUGGAUUUGCUUCGAAACACCGCGGCUCCUGCCACCUCCAUCGACGCAUGUACAGGUGAUGGCUUCGCACUCAACAACCAAAUGCGCAUCAGCGGCAGCGGCAUCUUACUUGUGGGCGGCGAGGCAUUCCGAUGGCGGCCGUGGCUACAUGAACAACGAAAAGAAGGCACAGUAGGAGAAGGGGGUUCGGGCGAAGAUGCAAUGACGGGCAAAUUGCUGAAUGCCAAGAGACAGUGGGAGGUGCCAGAGCAGGUGUGGGGUGUGUUGGAGCUGGUAUAUCCUAAGCCUGAUCUUCUCAUCAUCGGAACAGGCCCUAACACCACGCCCAUCGCGCCUGCGGUUCGCAAGUAUCUGAACGGCCUAGGCAUUCGACUCGAGAUUCAGGACACGAGGAAUGCAGCUGCACAAUUCAAUCUUCUCGCGACGGAGCGCGGAGUUGGACAGGUCGCGGCAGCGUUGAUACCGAUCGGGUGGAGAGAAGGGCGUUGA